AUGAAUCUUGUUAUGAAAGCCAAUGGCAACGGACCACUCAAGAAGCCCCCCGCUGAUUUCGAUAACUUCAAUAAUGAAAAGGAUGCGGAUAUAAUUUGUCCAAUUAGAUACAUUUACGAUUAUCUCCCUCGGAAGCCAAAAUGGCUGCAGGCACAACAGAUCACUCUCAAUGAAGCGCUGCAACUACAAUCAGUCGAAAUACAGGGAGAUACCAGGAACAAUAGAAUUUCCAUCUACCCUGAAGCAGCUCAUCUACCAGUUCACACUGGGCUUGGAACUUUUCGCCAGAGCAAACACUGGAAAGCAAAUGAGAGGGCGACGAGAGAGUUACUCGAGUUAUUUGCGCAGGAUCAACACUGCAAAGAUGCUAUGCUAACCAAUGGACAAUCUAUGGCAACUCUUGCCAGACGCCAAUUCCGAAGUCCGGUUUUGGAUACAUAUAGUCGCUUUAGCAUUUACAUGUUUGCUGAUGCGGAUGAGAGUCGAAUCCAGCUUCUGGCUCAAAGCGUGAUUUUGAUCUUCAUAUUUGAUGGUAAGUCGAUUUUUCUAGUCUCAACUUGUCCUCUUGGAGCCUGUUCUCACAAUCUUCAGACAUAUGGGAAAAUGCAUCCUCAGAAUUUCCAGGUGCGAGAUGAUUUCAUUGGACGUAUCCAGGGCAAUGUUUCCAAGUCUAUAGCAGAUACUCCACUACAGAGACGAAUGCAUGAAAUCAGACAAGGAUUCUUAGACGGGGAUAAGGAAGACGGAGGAAAUGCGGGUGCAGAGGUACUUCAAGAACUUAUUGAUUUUUGUCGUCAUGAGCACCCUGAAGAAUUUUCAUCUAUACGGGAAUAUCUUGAUUACCGUUAUUAUGACAUUGCAAAUAGGUUCACGUGGGCGUGUACCAAAUUCUCUCUACAUUUGAGAGUCGACCUAAAUAGUCCAAAACUUCGUCGCCUGUUCGGCUACCUUGGUGAUCAAAUUUCUAUUGCCAAUGAUAUUGCUUCGUACGAUAAAGAAGCAAAGCAAUUUAUUGAGGGAAGAGCGAAGGAGAUGAUUAAUCUAGUACAUACUACUAUGCAGGUCAAUUGUAUUAAUGACGUUACAGCAGCGAAGUCAAUGGCUUAUGCCAUACAGCUCUGGACCGAGAAUGAGAUUUUAGAAGAGUUAAGAGCCCUGAGUCGCCAGGGACGACUCAGCGUUGAGGAAUGGAGGUUGGUGGACGGGUGUUUGGUUGCUGCUUCAGGAAAUCUUUUGACUUCAAUUGUGAUAUCUAGGUAUGGAGGUGAGGAGGCAAAGAUAAUAUUGUGA